UUUCAGUUUAAGCCGCCGCAGAGGGUCGAGGCUCGGACGCACCUACAGCUUGGAUCGGUCCUCUACCACCACACCAAGAACAGCGACCUCGCCCGGAGCCACCUGGAGAAGGCGUGGUGCAUAUCACAACAAGUCCCUCAGUUUGAAGAUGUUAAGUUUGAGGCCGCGAGUCUUCUAUCAGAGCUGUAUUGCCAGCAAAAUUUGGUGGAUUCGGCGAAGCCGCUCCUUCGGAAGGCGAUCCAGACCUCCCAGCAGACGCCGUACUGGCACUGCCGGCUGCUGUUCCAGCUGGCGAGCACUGUUUCUCCUGAGCAAAGGAAUGCUGCUGCUGAUGGAGCGGAAGCUGCAGGAGGUCCACCCCCUGCUCACACUCUGCGGGCAGAUCGUGGAGAACUGGCAGGGGAACCCCAUCCAGAAAGAGUCUCUGCGGGUCUUCUUCCUGGUGCUGCAGGUCACGCACUACCUGGACGCUGGGCAGGUGAAGAGUGUGAAGCCGUGUUUAAAGCAGUUACAGCAGUGUAUCCAGACCAUCUCCACACUCCAUGACGACGAGAUCCUCCCUAGCAACCCAGCCGACCUCUUCCAUUGGCUGCCCAAGGAGCACAUGUGUGUGCUGGUGUACCUGGUGACGGUGAUGCACUCGAUGCAGGCUGGGUACCUGGAGAAGGCGCAGAAGUACACAGACAAGGCCCUCAUGCAGCUGGAGAAACUAAAGAUGCUGGACUGCAGCCCCAUCCUCUCCUCCUUCCAGGUCAUCCUGCUGGAGCACAUCAUCAUGUGUCGCCUGGUUACCGGCCACAAGGCCACCGCCCUGCAGGAGAUCUCUCAGGUGUGCCAGCUGUGCCAGCAGUCUCCCCGGCUCUUCUCCAAUCACGCGGCCCAGCUGCACACUCUACUCGGGCUGUACUGCAUCUCGGUGAACUGCAUGGAUAACGCGGAGGCCCAGUUCAGCACCGCACUGAGGCUGACCACACAUCAGGAGCUGUGGACGUUCAUCGUGACGAAUCUGGCGAGUGUCUACAUCAGAGAGGGCAACAGGCACCAGGAGCUCUACAGUCUGCUUGAGAGGAUAAACCCAGAUCACAACUUUCCUGUCAGCUCCCACUGUCUGCGGGCAGCAGCCUUCUACAUCCGGGGUCUCCUGUCCUUCUUCCAGGGGCGCUACAACGAAGCCAAGAGGUUCCUCCGGGAGACGCUGAAGAUGUCCAACGCUGAGGACCUGAAUCGCCUGACUGCCUGCUCCCUAGUCCUGCUCGGGCACAUCUUCUACGUGCUGGGGAACCACAGGGAGAGCAACAACAUGGUGGUCCCAGCCAUGCAGCUGGCCAGCAAGAUCCCCGACAUGUCUGUGCAACUGUGGUCCUCCGCCCUGCUCAAAGACCUGAAUAAGGCGUGUGGGAACACCAUAGACGCUCAUGAAGCUGCCCAGAUGCACCAGAACUUCUCCCAGCAGCUCCUCCAGGACCACAUCGCCGCCUGCAGCCUCCCGGAGCACAACCUCAUCAGCUGGACGGACGGCCCUCCCCCGGGGCAGUUUCAGGCCCAGAACGGCCCCACCACCAGCUUGGCCAGCCUGCUGUGAGCCCUCUACCCUCACCCCCAAUAGCACCAACACUGUGACCCCCCCCCUCCAGGGGCCCAACCGCAGGGGCCCAACUGCAGGGGCCCAACCGCUGGGGCCCUCAGCACAGCCAAGUGCAGCUCUACAACCACGCCUUACGGGGCCUCCCAGUGCAGGACUGGAGUAAAGGGGGUGGUCGUGUCCAUGUGUUGACUUUCAUUUCAAUAAUUAGGUCAAUUUUGGAAGUUGGUGUGCGUGCGAGUUUGUGUGUGUGUGUGUGUG